GUUGCCCUCCUGCAGCUCCGCCGACCCCGAACGAAGGCAACAACUGUAUAGAGUGUGCCAUAUGUCUCUGUCCAGCAGAACCAGGCUCGAUAGUCGGUACAUUGCAUGUUGGGCCUUCUAGUGCUGAGCCCAGCUGCCCUCACCGUUUCUGUUUCGACUGCAUAUUCAAGUGGUCGAAAGCGACGAAUCUCUGUCCUCUGUGUAAGGGAAGAUUCGGCUGCAUACGGAAGCACAAAGUGGUCCGAGGCAAUAUAACGCG